CUGCGCUUGACAAACACACACAGAGUAUAGGGGACACACACAGAGAUGGAGCUCGGAGAGGAUACACACUCGGUAUAAUCUCGGAUAAACACACACACACACACACACACACAGAGAGAGAGAGAGAGAGAGAGAGAGAGAGAGAGAUGAACAUUUCUGAGCAUUGUGAAGGUGAGCAGUGGGUUCGGGAAGGUUCUCCCACCACCUCCGCGCUCAUGUUCUCCGCCGGGGUUCUCGGGAACGCCGUUGCGCUCGUGCUGCUGGAGGUCCGGCGCAGGAGGAGGAAGCAGAGUGCGCGAGGUAACUCCUCUUCUUGUAACCUGUUCCAGGUGCUUCUCACCUCGCUGCUCGUCACCGACCUGCUGGGCACGUGCUCGGUCAGCCCGCUGGUGAUCGCAGCGUACGCGCGGAACGAGUCUUUGAGCGCGCUGGGCGGAAGCCAGGUCGCGUGCCAGUACUUCGGCUUCGCCAUGACUUUCUUCAGUCUCGUGACGCUCGCGCUGUUGCUGUGUAUGGCGCUCGAGCGCUGCCUCUCCAUCGCCGUGCCAUACUUCUACGAGAGACGCCUGAGCGUGCGCUGCGGUUACCUGGCGCUCGCGCUAGUCUACUUGUCGGGCGCGCUCUUCUGCCUCGCGCCGUUCUUUGGUUUCGGUGAAUACGUGCAGUACUGUCCCGGCACGUGGUGCUUCGUGGACAUGUCCGCGCAGCAGGAGCACAACGUCUACAAGAACCUGUACGCGUCCUGCCUGCUCGUCAUGAUCGCGUGCAUCGUGCUGUGCAACGUCUGCGUCAUCUACCACCUCGUGCUCAUGUACCGGAGGUGCGAGCUGCACCGGGGCUCCGCGCGCAGGUUCAGAACCUCCGCCCCGACACGCUCGCUCUCGGAGGAGCUCGAGCACCUGGUCCUACUCGCCUUCAUGACCAUCACCUUCCUCAUCUGCUCACUUCCGCUCGUGAUCUGCUUGUAUAUCAGCUCACCCAGAACGAACCGCAGUCUGGACCUGACGGCUCUCCUGCUGCUCUCCAUGAACCCCAUCCUUGACCCCUGGGUGUUUAUUCUGCUCAGCCCCCCUGUGCCCCGCCUUCUCUGGGAGGCGCUGUGUAAGGUGCUGAGGCCACGCCCCCUGGAUAACAAGGUCCCUCUGUCAGUUAGCCCACAGACCGCCAUAGAGCUACAGACAUAGCUGUACACUUCUGAUACACCAGACACUUCUGGAUAUAUCUGCAGAUACGACAGGUCCACACACCUGAGUGCUAUGGGAACGUGUGUGUGUGUGAGAUGGACACAGAGUGUUUGGAUUAAAAGGUGAGGCUUACUUCCAUGGCAUCAGUGACGGUUUUGUCCCAAAAAGCAGUGUGAUGGAACAGUACUGCUGGACUGCUGCGGGUUUGAUGACAUCAUUACAGUAUUGAAGAGAACUCUGUAGAGGAGUAAAUAAAUACAUCACACAAUAAAUACAUAAAUAAACAUGUGAUUGUGAAUAAUGAAACAAACCUCAAGCAUUAUAAAUGUAUUUAUUUAUUAAUCAAACCGUGUAAAGAAUCAAACCAUACACUUACCUUGCAUUGCAGCCUGUGGGCGUGGUUUCAGUAGGCUCUGUCUCUGAUUGGUCAUACUGUCAAACUGAGUGGUUGCUACUGAUUCAGGAUGAGAGAGCGAGAUGCAGAAACUUAAGGUGUUUGUGACGUAGCUGUGAUGUCAGCUCUGAUGUCAUCUCUGAUUUCAGCGAUGAUGCCAGUGCUGCUUGUGUCAUUAUCACACUACUGAUACAAACUCAAGUGGGUGGAGCUUAGAGAUACUCCACCAGUCAGUCAGGCUGAGGAGUUUUUUUCUGCCUGAGUGAAAGAAAUAGUCAUUUAAUAUUGACAGGAAUACAGUAAAACAGUUACUGAGCUACAGUUCACAUUGUUAUUAUUAUUAUUUAUUGAUUUAUUGGUGUGUUGGUAUGUUCCCUGUACUGCUGGAUGUGUGUGUGUGUUGUUUAUUAUUUAUGACCACUAUUAAUGCUAGAAAUGAAAGCUACAUGUUAUUAACCGUAUUACUGAAAGCUAAAUCAGCUGCAGUCCUGACACUGAGCCUCACUUAUCACUCAUUAAGUAAAGUUUUAUAAACGUGUAAAUGUGUAAACUAAACUAAAUAUUCACACCAGAUAUACAUAUACCUUUCUUCUUUCUUCUCAUGUGUAUGUUUAUAAAUGCCAGUUAGCCAUAAGUUAUCACCUGUAUCAGAAGAUACAGAAAGUCGGGGGUUCGAGCCCCAGCACUGCCAAGCUGCCACUGCUGGGCCCUUGAGCAAGGCCCUUAACCCUCUCUGCUCCAGGGGCGCUGUAUCAUGGCUGACCCUGCGCUCUGAUCCCAACCUCAAACAUGCUGGGGUAUGCGAAGAAAACAAUUUCACUGUGCGUAUGUAUGUGUGACCAAUAAAGACUCCUUAUCAUUUAUCCCUUUCUGCUAAGAAGGAGACUGUAAUCUGGCACCUUUCCAUUCCAGCAACGUGAUUGGCUAUUGCCAAAAGUGGCCGCAGUGUGGAACUCAUUUGCAUAGCAUAAUGUACAGAGUUGGAGAAGUGUCUUUAAAGUGUUGCCUAUGCACUAUUUCUUUUCCAAACCUGUUUCAUAUACACCAGUGCAUAUGUACAUAUAAACAGUAAAGACUCAUUAUCAUUAUAAAAGGUCACAGAGAGCUGAAAACGACAAAAGUGACUGAGCCCCUCUUAUUAGUGAUGUGCUAAAUCUUCCAGUAAUGCAGCUCAGCCACUGCAGCGCAUCAGCUACCACAGACACACACAAACUCCUCCUGCUUUUAUAGGGCGCCAUUAGUUUUGUCCACAUCGAACAGCUCGAUUUAUUUCUGUUUUGGAAUCAUUUUCUUUCAGGGCAUUAAUACGAAAUGGAAAUGUUUCACAGAAUGUUAAUGAAAUUGGUGUGUAAGUGAAAUAAAGAAGUGAU